GGGAGGCGAGGGAAGCCGCCACCCCGAAGGACCGCUUCCGGGGGCCCCUAGGCGGGAUGGCGGCGUGAGGGGCUCCUCGGGGCCCCUGGGAAAGCCGCCCGGCGGAGGAGGCGGCCAAAGCCAGCGUUGCUUUGACGGCUGCCCUCCAGAUGUUUCCUUAAAAGCCCGCCGAGUCCAGAUUGGGAUAGGCCGGGCGGAGAGGGAAGGGCGGAGGCUGGCGAGCGCAAAGGCUGGCGAAGUUGGUCUUUCGUCGACCGAGGCCGGCGGGAGGCUGCGAUGAAUGGUUUCAGCACAGAGGAAGAUAGCCGGGAUGGUCCUCCUACCACCCCUUUUUACGGACAAAGUUGUUGCCUCAUCGACGACGGGGAUCGUUGUGUCCGCCCGGCUGGCAAUGCCUCCUUCAGCAAGAGGAUCCAAAAGAGCAUCUCUCAGAAAAAGCUGAAACUGGAUAUUGACAAAAGUGUAAGACACUUAUAUAUAUGUGAUUUCCACAAGAACUUCAUUCAAAGUGUCCGAAAUAAAAGGAAAAGGAAAACUAGUGAUGAUGGGGGAGACUCUCCAGAGCAUGAAAUAGAUGUUCCAGAGGUUGACUUGUUUCAGCUUCAAGUAAACACUUUGCGCCGUUACAAAAGACAUUACAAAUUACAAACCAGACCUGGUCUCAAUAAAGCUCAGUUGGCAGAAACUGUCAGUCGUCACUUCAGGAACAUCCCAGUGAAUGAAAAAGAAACUCUUGCUUACUUUAUCUACAUGGUAAAAAGCAACAAGAGCAGAUUGGAUCAGAAAACAGAAAGCAGUAAACUGGAAUGAAAGUUAGGUAGACUAUGGACUCAGACAAGUGUAAUAUUAACAAAAGCAUCAGGUGCAUUAUAAAUACUUUUUUAAAAAAAUAAGAUUUUUUUUUGUAAAUUAAAAUAUACAUAGGAAAAAGCAAAGUUUGAUCCCAUAUAAUAAUACUUAAUUUCAAAAUGUGUAUGAAAACCUUUGCAGUUUCAAAGCCUGGUCUUUAACUUGAAGGAAAGAUCAAAACAAACUCAAGAAGCCCAAAGCAAUGACUGUUUAAGAAAUUUACUUAUGUUACAGAUUGUAACAUAAACCAUGCAUGAAUUUGGCAUUCUUGAAUAGAAUCUCAUACAUAGUAUUUAAAGGCACAGACCAGGUAAAAUUUCUAAAUUCUAAUUUAAACCACAUAAAAUUACUUGUUUUGAGACUAAAUAUCUCAGAUUUUCAUGGGUGCUAAAAAUUUCUAAUCCUAGCUUUUUUGCAUAUAUGAUCAGUUUUUAUAUUGAAACAUAGAAAUUGUCCAGCAUAACUCAUUCAUUAAUAUUUAUUAGAAUGUCAUGACUACACAAAUUCUAAUGUGUUAAAUGUCUGUUUUUCAAACCAACUAUUGAAUAGAGAGCUGUUGCCACAGA